CUUGAGGAGCCACUGGUCUGUCUUUACUUCAGUUGUUGGUAUAACACCAGGAAGUGUUGCGCAAAAUUAAGAUUUCACACACUGUUGUUAUGUAGUUAGACUACUGGAAUUACCUUACGCCAAGAGCAACUGUGUAAAUGGGGGGGCUGUAUAUACAGGCCCCAUGUGAACAACUGAACAACCGCUCACAUUCAAGGACAGAAGCCUUAUAAACUAAACAGCCUUCCUCUUCUCGUCCAACUGAUAUUUCGACGGCAGCGCACAAAGAACAGCGAGCUGCAUCAGGCUAACCCGCCGAGCCAGCACCUCCAGCCGGUAGAGGGCGCUCCUGAGCGAUGUCGUCCGGGUGCCCUCCGCAGUCCCCCGCCGUGGCGAAGACGGAGGUGGUGGUGGAGGGCGAGUCCCCCCUGCUGGCCGCCACCUUCGCCUACUGGGACAACAUCCUGGGCCCCCGCGUGCGUCACAUCUGGGCCCCCAAGACGGAGAGGCCCCUCCUCCUGAGCGACGGCGAGAUCACCUUCCUGGCCAAUCACACGCUGAACGGCGAGAUCCUGCGCAGCGCCGAGUGCGGCGCCGUCGACGUCAAGUUCUUCGUGCUGGCGGAGAAGGGCGUGAUCAUCGUGUCGCUCAUCUUCGACGGCGAGCUGAAGGGCGACAAGAACACGUGCGCCCUGUCGCUGAUCCUGCCGCAGACGCAGCUGGCCUUCUACCUGCCGCUGCACGCCGUCUGCGUGGAGCGGCUCAAGCACAUCAUCCGCAAGGGCCGCAUCUGGAUGAAGAUGGGCUGCAGCAUCGUCUCGGUCCUGACCUCGGAGAUCGUGCCCAUCAUGGAGCUGCUGUCCUCCAUGAAGACCCACAGCGUCCCGGAGGACAUCGAUAUUAAGGACACCGUGCUGAAUGACGACGACAUCGGGGACAGCUGCCACGAAGACUUUCUGCACAAGGCCAUCAGCUCUCAUCUGCAGACCUGUGGCUGUUCUAUGGUUGUGGGGAGCAACCCCGAAAAAGUCAACAAGAUCGUUCGGACCCUGUGCCUCUUUCUCACGCCUGCCGAGCGCAAAUGUUCCCGCCUGUGCCGGGCCGAGUCGUCUUUCCGCUACGACACCGGCCUCUUCGUCCAGGGCCUGCUGAAGGACUCGACGGGCAGCUUCGUGCUGCCCUUCCGGCAGGUGCUGUACUCGCCGUACCCCACCACGCACAUCGACGUGGACGUGAACACGGUGACGCAGAUGCCGCCGUGCCACGAGCACACGUACAACCAGCGCCGCUACAUGCGCUCGGAGCUGGGCGUCCUCUGGAAGGCCGCCAGCGAGGAGGACGCGGGGCCCGACACCGUCGCCCGCGCCGACGACACCUUCACCCCCGACCUAAACGUGUUCCAGGAUGUCAUGCACAGAGACACUCUGGUCAAAUCCUUCCUGGAUGAGGUGUUCCUGCUGAAGCCAGGCCUGGGCCUCCGCAGCACCUUCCUGGCGCAGUUCCUCCUGCUUCUCCACCGGAGGGCGCUCACCCUGCUCAAAUACAUUGAAGAUGAGACGCAGAAGGGGAAGAAGCCGUUUCGCUCGCUGCGCAGCCUGAAGACGGACCUGGACCUGACGGAGGAGGGCGAUCUCAGCAUCGUCAUGGCGAUGGCCGAGAAGCUGAAGGCCGGCCUGCACUCUUUCGUCUUCGGGAAGUCCUUCUACACCAGCGUGCAGGAGCGCGACGUCCUCAUGAGCUUCUGAGCCCCGCCCACCUCUAAACCCUGCCCACCUCCAAGCCCCACCCCCCUCAGACAUCUGCCUCUAACCCUACACCAGCGUGCAGGAGCGCGACGUCCUCAUGAGCUUCUGAGCCCCGCCCACCUCAAAACCCCCCCACCUCCAAGCCCCACCCCCUCAGACAUCUGCCUCUAACCCUACACCAUUGUGCAAGAGCGCAACGUUCUCAUGAGCUUCUGAGCCCCGCCCAUCUCCAAACCCCGCCCACAUACCCGAUCCCCCUCAGUCACCUCCUAGGGCAACCAAGCCUCCCACCCCCUCAGCCCCCAUCACUCAUAGAUUGUAGCCAAUCCAGGCCUUCUGAUCAACAAGCUGCACCCCCCCCCAUCACAUCCACAGCCUCAUUAAGUCGAUGUAAUGUUAAAACCCUGACCCUUCAUAGAAAGGGUGGGCAUGUGAUGUAAUGUUAUACUGUAGCAUGCUAAAAACAAACGGUGUGUCUGUUCUGUACUGUGACGCGCGUGGGUGUGAGGUGUCUGCCGCAUGCUGUUCUCCUCCGGCCCUAGGCGGGCGUCCCGGGUUCGAGCCGCGCGACCCUCAGAGUCACGGCUGGCGCUGUGUCGGCGUGUCCCGCGCGCACGGAGGAGAGAAACGCCUUUUUAAUUCUGCCGGUGAGAUGCUCAGCCCAGCGCUGAGUGAUUCAUUUGAUUCGUUUGAUUCAUUCGUGCUGCUAAAAGGCUGUGAAUGUGCCUGGGAGCUUGGAGAGUUAGAGUUAGGGGGAUUUGCUUUCUGUCAGGAAGCUUAACCUGGUGUGUUCAUUCAGACAUUUAUGGCUGUUUAGAAAUGAAAGCCGCACUGCACAAAAAAUGUAUCUGAUAAGUGGAUCCUUACGCCGUAGGUGAGAGGGUGUACCCUCUCUCUGUUUCUGGGUCUCCCUCACCACGGUCUGAUCAGCUGGGUCUGCCUGAGUUUCUUUGAGGAAAGUUCAACAAAUGUUUACAAGUAUUAUUUUAUUUAAAUUUAAUUGUCUUUGUUUGCUGUAAAAUAAUCACACAGGCUACCUUUAACUUGUAGUUUGCCUCAAUAUGGAGUUUUCCACAUCUGAAGCGCCCAGCCUCUGGACAAGUCAUGGGGAAACCUUUCCGACGUGCCCGAGGGUAUGGGAGUCAGUGAUCGAUUGGGGAAAAGCAGGCAUGAGGCUAAAUCCGGGAACGUUUCAGUGGUAGUCCAUUUUAAGAAUGGGAACGUCGGGAAAUGAACCCAGUAAUGUGCCAGCACUAGGCGGAUGUGUGGGGCGUUCCCGUGGCGACAGUGUGUGUGUGUGUGUGCGCCUCGUCGUUCCCAGGGAAACUCGCUCAGACUGAACGGAUCUGAGCCCUCUGCUCCUCUUAACGAGCCCCAGUCACAUGCUCCCUCCCCCCCAAGCUUGUUAGCAGGGAUUAGCCUUCCUUGCUAAUUAUGUUUUACUUCGCCGCGUAGCCCGGCUCGCUCUGCGGAGCAAUCGAUUCUGAGGGCCAGCGGGGGCUGGCGGGGGCCGUCUGUGACCGACGCCCGCGUUUGCGUUCCGAGCGGGCCGCCAUCACCCCCACCCCCCACCCCCCCUCCCCCAAAAAAAAGAGCCUGUUUUGGGAAAGUGGCCGCGCAGUUCCUGUGUCUCGUCACACCGCUCCUGCGUGGGGGGGGGGGUCGGGUCUCCCCCGCGUGUCCCCCGCCCCUUUCUCCUCCCGCUGCGGUAUCACCGUCACGCUUACCGUGAGCGGAAACCCAAAACCGCCAGAACAGCACCGCGUUCCCUAAGACAAGCGCCUGCUGCCCUUUCUUUUCUGCUGAGAUCUGAAUUAGCGACUGACCUGUUUGGUUACUGACCCCUCUGGUGACUGACCUGUCUGGAUGCGUUUCCACUCGGUUGUGUCCAGUGUUCCCUCGAGAGAAAACACCCGAUGCUGUUUUAGUGGGUUUUUGUUUUUUUUUUGGAGCUAACGACUCUCUCAGCGAAGGUAGAUGUGUGUAAAAUGAGGUAUUAAUGGAACUGUCACUGGCGCCAAUUGUCCUGUCACUUCACUUUAGAGGCUUCCGUUUUUAAAAGCACGCAAAACGCAGAUAAUUUAAUCUAAUGGGCGAUAAUAGUAUCGUUCGCCAUUAGUUCCGCAUUAAGCCGGAAUUUGGUGUUAAUUAAGAUUUAACUUUAUUUUUGUUCUUUAAUAACCUUGACGAAGCUUGGCAGAGACUGAAGGUCUGAAAAUUGUUCUGCUUCUCAGGAAAUUCUUCUCAGAUGUGCAGUUAGGCUUCUGCUCCCACUGCUUAAUUAAUCUUCUCUGUGUAAGUGCCGUAUGGAUAUUUGAUUGUAUCAUGCUGACAUUGUUGUAUAAUUUAUCUCUUGUGUGAUCACUGGAAUGUGUGUCAAUAAAUUGUUUCUUAUUUGAA